AUGUCUUCAGUAGAAUCAUUGCCCUCGUCCCCGGCAUCGGAGGUGCCGGUGUUGACGGUCUCCCCGGCCGACACAUCGUUGGAUAGCGCAGAUGUGAAGACGCAGGAAGUCAAAUCAGAAGAGAAGAAGCCCGCGAAGAAGCGGAAGUCGUGGGGCCAGGAACUACCAGUUCCCAAGACCAACUUGCCUCCGAGGAAACGUGCCAAAACGGAGGACGAGAAGGAGCAGCGUCGCAUUGAGCGCGUCCUUCGAAAUCGUGCCGCAGCUCAAACGUCCAGGGAGCGCAAAAGGCUGGAAAUGGAGAAGCUGGAGAAUGAAAAAAUUCAGAUGGAACAACAGAAUCAGUUCCUGCUUCAGCGACUAUCUCAGAUGGAAGCAGAGAACAAUCGCUUAAGCCAACAGCUUGCUCAAUUGGCCGCUGAGGUCCGCGGCUCUCGUGCCAACACCCCGAUGCCAGGCUCUCCAGCGACAACAUCUCCCACCCUUACACCUACCUUGUUCAAACAAGAGCGUGGCGAACUUCCUCUCGAACGCAUCCCGUUUCCCUCUCCCUCUCUUAGCGAUUACUCCCCUACAUUGAAACCUUCCACUCUGGCUGAGUCCUCCGACGUGGCACAACAUCCUGCAGCGGUGUUGUGUGACCUGCAGUGUCCGUCGCUGGGCUCGAAGGAGAUGGAGGCGCCCUCCCACUUUUCGACCUCAGCUCAGACCUUAAAUAUCACCCUACAGAUGACGUUGCAGCUCCUCUUUCUGACGAUGACUUCAACCGCUUAUUCCACGGUGAUUCAUCCGUUGAACCAGAUUCUUCUGUCUUUGAAGACGGGCUUGCCUUUGACGUUCUCGAAGGAGGAGAUCUAUCAGCAUUUCCAUUUGAUUCUUUGGUUAAUUUCGACUCCGAACCCGUCACCCUCGAAGGCAUCGAAAUGGCCCACGGGCUUCCGGAUGAGACUUCUUGCAAGACUUCUAGCGUGCAACCCAGCUUUGGCGCGUCCACUACGCGAUGCGACGGGCAGGGCAUUGCAGCUGGCUGUUAGCGAAAAGUUCUCUCAGGGAAGCAUGUCGGUCACCGAUACCCAGGGGGUUCGGUGGGGCUGGGAGUCGCUCCUAACCUUAUCAUGGGCGAUAGACCGACUUGAGAACCCGGGACGACGCAGACGAAUUUUACGUGGUUUGAGGACGUCGCAGAUUGAUCGGCGCAAUAAUCUAGGGAAGCGUCAGAGGAAUAUCCGGAGUUUAUGGAGUUCAAAUAAUACUGAGACGUUGACGUCUCCGCUUACGGGCAAGGAUUGUUGA